AAGAAGAAACAGAAGUCUUGAUUCUGACGUUUUGUUUCCAGACGAACAUAUUCAGCUGUUACUCAACCAAGGAAACGUGUGUUUAUAUUUUCCAAGCAAUUGGAUUUUAUUGGUUAUGAAUCCGUGUGUACUAGUAAACCGAUACUGACGAAAAUUUACAGAACAUACGUAAUGCAAUUGCGUCCAUUUGAGUGAUAUUUGUGUGUGAUUUUUCAGGAAGUAAUUUUUAGUACAUUCUUGGGCUAGCGAACUAGUCACAAUGACGAUCAAACGACAAAAGAAAGCCAAGAAAAACAUCAAUUUCUACAAACAUAACUUCAGUUUUAGAGAGCCCUUUCAAAUUCUCAUCGACGGGACGUUUUGCCAAGCGGCUCUGAAGAAUAAGAUUCAAAUCAAAGAGCAGAUGCCGAAAUACCUCAUGGGGGAGGUGCAACUUUGUACUACAAAUUGUGCAUUGAAGGAACUCGAAUCAUUGAAAGACCUCUAUGGUGCCAAACUCAUCCUGCAGCGGUAUCAGGUUAGGAACUGCAAGCAUUUCAAGAACCCCGUCUCUGCGUCAGAGUGUCUGCUCUCCAUGCUGGAAGGGACCAAUCCACACCACUACUUUGUUGCCACACAGGACCAAGAGCUGACAGCAGGCCUGAAGAAGAUCCCAGGCGUGCCUCUUAUGUAUAUCAUCGUCAACACCAUAGUGUUGGACAAGCCCAGCCAAUGCUCGGUUAGCCAUGUGGAGGCUGUGGCUCUGGGAGAGAUGGUCACACCAGCCCAGCAGCAGAGCAUCAACAGCCUGAAGGAGGUGCAGGGGAUCGGGCAGGAUGGAGAGCGCCGGGGCAAGAAGCGUAAGAGGAAAAUCUCCAAUCCCAACCCACUCAGCUGCCUAAAGAAGAAGAAAAAACAGCCACCGACGCAGCCUCUUAUGACUGAGAAGAAGAAACGGAACCGUCAAAGGAAACGCAGCAAGCCAGAGGGAGGCGAGGGUCCAUCCCUCAAACCGCUCCCAAACCCUUAGUGUGGUGGGAAGAAGGCUCCCAAAGGUUGAAAUUUGAACAGCUGAAUGUAAAUGUAUACCUCUUUUUAUAGAUAAAUUACUGUUUAUAUCUCUACUAAACAGAUUUGCCAGAUCAAAGGCAUCCAAGAGAUCCAACUUCAAAUGUCUGGAGAACAUAUUUUGAAGAAGCACACAAUGAAUUCAGUCUUUGUAUUGCGUUCAUGAUGUCAUGUUUCUAAAAAUGUAUCCUCAAAACAGUUCAAUCUAGUUUUUGACCAUCAGAAGGUAUUGAUAUUCUAAGUCAUUAUUAUAGUAAGUCCAUAGCCAUUAUACCCAGUUUGCUGGCUCAAUGAACCAGCUAUGAAAAGGAUCGUCAUUGACAUGAACCAGUAUUCAUUUUAUUAGAAAACGUACAUCAGAUGCUGGGGCUCAGGACUACAAGCAUGGCAUCAAAUAUCUGAUUUAGAACACAUUUUAGCAACAGUAUCUACAAUAUAUAAUUUUGGGUUUUAUACAAAAAGGAAAAUGCAAGUUUACUGGCACAUAGUUUAAAAGGGGAUGCACUGAAACAUUACAUCAUAUACAAUUUCAGAGGGAGUCCAUGGAUAUCAAAACAAUGCAUUCAUUGUAAAGGAUGGUCAGAACUACUUGUCCUCUGCAGCUAUGAACCAUGAUAAGACGAGCAAUAGCGUAUUCAAGAAUGACUGUCGCAACGAGUCUAAACACCUAUGCAAGUUUCCAUCAAAACUGUUUUAAUUAAUGAAUACCAAAUUAAAGUUUUCUAUAUAGAGAUUUCUUGACAUUCAGCUGCAUCAAAUUUGAAUUAAAUGUAGUUUCCUGACACCCACUGGGCUGAGUUGUCUUGAAAGUUAGAGUGAUGAAAGAUGCAGCAUUUAAGUCUAAUUCUGACCAAACCAUUAACAUCUGCAUUAGAUAGUUGAAACGAGUAUUUUCAUUGUCACAGUAUGUGACUUAAAACAAAGGUAAUUAUUCAAGAAAUACAAUUUCAGGAGCAAUUAAUUGGAAUAAAGUAUAUUUAAAAAUGGA